AUGGCAGCUAUCCCUGAUCAGAGGGACAGUAGUCCUGGAGGGGAGCUCCUGAACGCCCUCUCUCCGUCGCGCAUCCUUCCUAACCACGUCAUUGCUGUGAGGCGCUGGCGCAGAAUCAAUGAGAAGAACAUCAACAACAAAAUAAGGAGGAAUAUCAGAGAUAAACGAGCGAUAGUGCUUGAAGGCAGAGAUAUAAACUUCAAAAGGAACAAGAAGAUUCCUCUGGAUAUCUUGACAAAGGAUUGGCUGGAAAACAUUGGUGGCACCGACGAACUUAGAGUGUAUCUUAUAGACAACUGCCUUCCUUCCCUUGUAUUGGGACUUGAAUCACUUCUUGAAGAAGUGGGAAAAGCCAAAGACAACUUCAACCCUCUGAACUAUCUGGCCCAACAUCUGAUGAGGAAUAAUCCUCGCUACAAUCAUCUCAUCAAGAACAGCCCUUACAUGAAAGGGUUGAAUGAGGUAAAAACAGAAUUGCGGCAACUAGUUGCCAAGCUUCGUCACAGCAAGUCCGCUAAGAUAACUUCCGAUGCGCGCAAGAGGCGUUACCAGCGCCAGACAAAGGAGGCGCUGGAACCUGCUGAGAUGGACAGAAGAACCGAGAUCACUGCUAAAUCUUUCCAGAAAUGGAGCUUUGGAGACGAAACUAUUCCUCAAUAUAAAAUUCAACGUGCUCUGAGAUCGUUUAUGGAGGAGAAAGUGCCCAAGUUCAACGAAGAAAUGCGCGAAGUGUGUAAGUACAUACAACCAGUACCACUAGACGACAGGAAGGACGCUAUUUCAUGUCAGCAGUACUGUAAAUACGUCAUGGACCGCACUGAAGGAUGGCCUAUUGGAGCGUUUGGAGCGCUAAUGCAGCACAUUGAGGCGUGCGCUAAAGCUGUACCUGUGGGGGAUCAGCGCCAACGAUUACAACACGCAUUAACAUCACUCUUCCGUUCAAUCGAUAAAGAACAGGAGAAUCAGCUGAAUAGAGCACACAUUUUAACAUUGAUCAAGGAGUUCUACGGCAACAUACCUAUCAACAUGAAGAAAUACAUAACCAACCCACUCGACUGGUCAGAUAAGGACACAGUGUACAGCCCCACUCCCACGCCCAGUGUAAUGACUACACCCUUCUGUGGCAGCGCAUCUAUCCCGGUCUACUCAGAGACUCCAAUAACCAUCGACACUCCGGCAGUCGAUGAACCAAUGGCAGCCCAAGAAUUGACUACGGAACCUUCAUCUCCAGAGAAAACUGUCCGGUUACCUCCAGAGGACGAUGCACAAACAUCACCCACUCCGACUGUCCACAUUGUUCACACCACAGUCGAAAAUACCGAACAUGAUGAUUUAGAAGCACCCAAUAAGAAAAUGUCUGCUAGGAAAUCGAUAUUUUCGUUACAGUCAGAAACCAGCAUUGGUGAUGAUUUUGUUCCCGUCACAUCAGUCAUCCACAUCAAUAGUCCAUCUUCCGACGAAUCACCAUCCGUCAAAUCACCUACUGACGAAUCACCUUCCGACGAACCUUGGAUAACUGAAAUCAAUGACGAAGAAGAGGUUCAACUACUGAAACAUGACAUAGAACUAAUCGGAGAAGAGAUCCCCUCCCACUUAACUCAACCCAGAGACCAAGAAAUAGAUACCAAGAUUAACCUCGAGGAGUUCAUCUACGUCACUGAGCGGCUUCUGGGCGAGGACCCUCAUCCGCGAGCACUGACAGCACUAUCUGAGUUCCUGGAGGACAGUUUCCAAGAGACACCCCAACAGAGACAAUCCAGACAGUUAGAUGAGAAACUUGCUGCCAAACAUCACGCUAUGAUGACCAAGAUAAAUGAUUUGUUUGAUGAAUGGGACGUGGAUAAACUUGGCUACCUGGAUCGCACAGAGAUUCUUGCAGUUCUAUCUCAGUGGCAAAAGAACUCUACUAAACCUUACAAUGUUGAAAUGUCAAAACAGAUAUGCAAGUCGGUGGAAGAGGUUGAUAAGAAGGAUUUACUGAGAGAAGACUUCCUGAAGUUGUGUCAUUCCUUCCACAAAGUACUGGACAGUGACGAUUACAUGGACAGACUACUAGACUUCGUUGGCCUUGUCGUCCAGACCCAACGAGGAGAUCUACGCCGAGAGAGGAAGAGGAGGAGAUGGCUGGAGGUGAUGCAUCUCCUUCCCAAAAUAUCCGGAUCUGAUCACAAUCUCUACUUCAGAAGUUUCUUCGAUAUCAUUGAAAAGGACUUUGCAUAUCACGGUAGUGGACGGUUAAUAAACGCGUACAUAGCGUUGAUAGAAACAGAUCCCGACGCAGACGAUGAAGACGAGGACAAAACACUGUUGAGAUACGUUGCAAGUACUGCUAAUGAUCAAAAUAUUCUCAUGGGCAGGACUCUGUACGCUACACAGAAGUGCAUCAGUAAUCAAGUGCGCCGGUCGGGCAAGGCAGUGUACAUAAACCAGAUCCGUAACAAUAACCAAGUACACCUGUGGGCCAUGGACAGAUGGGCGGUAGAUGAGGAUAGAGACGGAGCUUUCCUGGUUCUGCCUCUCAAAAAUGAUACGGAAAAGGUGGUUGGUGUGGUUGGAGUUGAUACACUCCUCAGUUCUAAUCCUACCCAGUUCCUCCCCCACGAGAUUACUUUUAUUCAGAACGUAGUACGGCAGCUGAGUAGUGGUUUCUCCUUCCUUGACGCUCGACACAAGUUCUCCCGAACCCUGAUCAGUCUCCUGGAGACGAUCCCUCGUAAAGAGUCCGCUGUUUUGUCAGUUUCUUGUUACGUUGUUGAGCCAUUACCUCACGUUCCCUCAGGUCCGUCCGCUCCGGACGCUCCGGAAGAGUUCGCACUCCGUCACACCAUGUCGCUCAACCCCAAAACGGGAAUAGUGGAGAUGACUCAGGGGGUAAACAGGGAGACGAUCAGAAAAAGUGAUAGCUCCUUUAGGUACAUUGAGGAGGAGGCUCCUGAGAACACCAACAUGAACGGGAAAAGCUGCGAGCCUCAAUCAGAUUCUGAUGAAAGUGUAAAAAGUGUUGCUCCGGAUAACCACGUGCGGGACUACCUGUUCAACUGUUUGGAGAAGAAGGAGAAUAUACAGAACAGGGCGUAUGGUACCGACCAUCUAGCUAUGCGCGUGGAUGACAAACAGGGCGUCCCUAUCUUCGUGAUAGAUCUUGAUACUGGCAAGGAUAAGAGCCACAUACUCAAGGCUGCUCAGAUCAAGUCAGUGAGGAACUUGUUUAACAAGUUGGUGUUGGUAUUUGGACAGCUUCUAGAGGAGGUCGAGAGUGAUGAAAAGAAGUAUAACUCUGGUGAGGAAGGCCAUAUUUUCGUGAUACAGUAA